AUGGCUGAAACAAUGAGGCAAACCAUUGCUACUAUUCUAAAAAGUAUCGAAAGAUACAACCCAGCAAAUCUGCAAACUUUGGAGAGAUAUGUUGAAAUGCAGUCAAGAGAAAAUACGUAUGACUUGGAAGCAAAUUUAGCAGUUUUGAAGCUGUAUCAAUUCAAUCCGGAAAAAUUCAAUCCAGAUAUUACGUGUCAAAUUCUUUUGAAGGCGUUAACUAACUUCCCUCAUACAGACUUCACUUUGUGCAAAUGCCUUUUGCUGGAGUCAGUCGUUGAGAAUGAAACAAUUUCUCAAAUAAAAUAUUUGGCUGAUAUAUUGGAGCAAUGUGAUUUCGCCCAGUUCUGGAACAGGGUACAUCAAAUGCCUGAACUAUGUAAUCGCAUAAGUAGCUUUCAUGAUUCAAUCCGUAAAUUUGUAUGUCAUGUAGUUGGCAUCACCUUCCAGACUAUUGAUAAAAAUAAUUUGGCCAAUCUUUUAGGUGGAAUUGAUGAUGUAACUUUAAAACACUGGGUCAAAAAAUAUGGCUGGAGAGAUGAUGGAAAUUUGAUUUUCAUUGCAAACCAAGAUGAUAAUAUCAAGACCAAGAACAUAACAGAAAAGAUUGAGUUUGAUCAUCUUGCUCCAUUGAUGACAAUUUUGUAA